GUGUUUGUCAACCAUGUCUUCAGCACAACCUCCCGAUGUACCUGACAACACCAGCAGCAAGCCUGACAACACCCCUUCGUCUUCUGUACCAGUCCCCGCUGCCCAGGAUGCAGCAAUGGACACCACCCCAGACAAACCAGCUGAGGAGACUUGGGACGAUAUUCCGGAGGAGAUAAUGAAUCUUUCAACGGACGAGAUUUUGACGAGGAUACGGCUCAUUGACAAUGACCUCAAGGUUAUGCGCUCAGAGACCCUCCGUCUCCAGCACGAACAGAGUGUCAUGAAGGAGAAGAUAAGGGAGAAUGGCGAGAAGAUCAAGCAGAACAAGGUUUUGCCCUAUCUAGUCGGGAACGUCGUAGAGAUCCUAGAUGUCGACCCCGAAGGCGAAGAGGACGGUGCCAACCGUGACCUGGACUCUAUGCGCAAAGGCAAGUGCGCCGUCAUCAAGACCUCAACACGACAAACUGUUUUUCUCCCUCUAAUCGGUCUUGUCCCGGCCGAGAAGCUCAAACCCGGAGACCUUGUCGGGGUCAACAAGGACUCGUAUCUCAUACUCGAUACGCUUCCCGCUGAGUUCGACUCGCGUGUCAAGGCAAUGGAGGUCGAUGAGCGGCCGACGGAGACCUACACCGACAUCGGUGGUUUGGAGAAGCAGAUCGAGGAGCUGGUCGAGGCUAUUGUCUUGCCCAUGGAGCAGGCGGACAAGUUCAAGACGCUUGGCAUUAAGCCACCGAAAGGUUGCCUGAUGUAUGGUCCUCCAGGCACCGGCAAGACUCUCAUGGCACGAGCAUGUGCAGCCCAAACGAACGCUUGCUAUUUAAAGCUUGCUGGUCCAUCACUGGUGCAAAUGUUCAUUGGUGACGGUGCUAAGCUCGUUCGGGACGCGUUCGAGCUCGCGAAGGAGAAAGCGCCAGCUAUCAUCUUCAUUGACGAGUUGGACGCCAUUGGUACCAAACGGUUCGAUUCCGAGAAGAGCGGUGACCGUGAGGUACAGCGGACGAUGCUUGAGCUCCUGAACCAGCUUGACGGUUUCAGCAGUGACGAGCGAAUCAAGGUUAUCGCGGCUACGAACCGUAUCGACAUCCUUGACCCCGCUCUGCUCCGGUCCGGUCGUCUGGACAGGAAGAUCGAGUUCCCGUUGCCGAACGAGACCGCCCGUGCGCGCAUCCUUGAGAUACACUCCCGGAAAAUGGCUGUUUCUUCGGAUGUCAACUUUGAGGAGCUCGCGAGGAGUACAGACGAGUUCAACGGCGCUCAGCUCAAGGCAGUUUGCGUUGAGGCCGGUAUGAUCGCGCUACGAGAAGGUGCCACGAAGUUGAGCCACGAGCACUUCCUCAGUGGUAUUGCAGAAGUGCAGAGCAAGAAGAAGAAUCCGCUCAAUUAUUUCACGUAGUACCUGUCUUUCUCAGUCAGCAUUCGGUUUGUGGACUUGCGCAUCGCAAUGUAUUCUGUCUUUCAGCCUUCGCAUCGC